AUGAUAAAUUUGGAGGUACCAAAGAGUUGGGAAGUUGGUAAUAAUAACAUAACCCGGUUCAGCACGGGUGGUGUUGACUGCAAAAGUCAUGUGGAGAAUGCCAAAGUCAACGAAAGCUUACUCGUGAUGAAAUUUUAUUCACUGUCGAGCGGUGUGGUUAAUCAUUUGCUUACUGAUAUGGAGGGUAGAGAAGUGGAUCUUCCGUUUGAGGUUACCGAUGAAGAGCGUGGGAUAAUAAUGUUUCCGAGGAGCAGCUUUGUACUAGGUCGAUCUGGUACUGGAAAGACAACCAUUUUGACUAUGAAGUUGUACCAGAAGCUUCAGCAGCACUCUAUUGCCACACGGGAUUCAACGACAGCUGGCGAUGAUGCGCCUGUUCUGCACCAGCUUUUUGUUACCGUUAGCCCAAAACUCUGUUAUGCUGUCAAAAAGCACGUAACGCAGCUAAAGAGCUUCGCUAGUGAAAACUUCUCCGGGAAUAACAGCUCUAUGGAUACGGAUGAUUUAGACGAAAUGGCUGAAUUCAGGGAUAUCCCGGACACAUUUAUUGGCAUCGAACCAGAAAAGUAUCCUCUAAUUAUCACAUUUCAUAAGUUUCUAAUGAUGCUCGAUGGUACUUUGGGUAAUUCUUAUUUUGAGAGAUUUCGCGAUGUAAGAGGCUCCUCACAACAGUACCAAGGAAGAAGAUCUAUUGCGCUGCAAAAUUUCAUAAGGAGAAACGAGGUUACCUAUGACCGUUUUCGGUCCUUAUAUUGGCCUCAUUUCAAUGCAAAGCUUACAAAAGUUCUUGAUCCCUCAAGAGUGUUCACCGAAAUUAUGUCGCAUAUAAAAGGAGGUCUAAAAGAAGGGGAAUCGGGCGAAGCCAAGCUAAGCAGGGAAGGCUACGUUUCCUUAUCCGGCAGUAGAGUUUCCACUUUAAGUGCAGAGAAAAGGGAUGCAGUUUACGAUGUUUUCGAGCACUACGAAAAAAUGAAAUUGAAGCGUCGUGAAUUCGAUCUUGCCGAUUUCGUGAUCGACAUUCAUCUACGGCUCAAGAACGGGGAUUUAAUGGGUGAUAAAAUGGAGUUUGUGUACAUUGAUGAAGUGCAAGACCUUACCACGAGGCAAAUUUCACUUUUCAGAUUUAUUUGCAAGAACGUCGACAGAGGAUUUGUAUUUUCUGGCGAUACGGCGCAAACGAUUGCAAGAGGGAUCGACUUUAGAUUUGAAGACAUUAGAUCCUUAUUCUAUAAUGAAUUUAUUAUGAAAUCCAGAAACUGCGACGAGGGUUCAGUAAGAAGAGAGAAAGGGGUUGUCUCGGAAACGUUUUGUUUGUCGCAGAAUUUCCGUACUCAUACCGGUGUACUUAGGUUAGCGCAAAGUGUCGUAGAUCUCAUUUGCCAUUUCUUCCCACAAUCAAUUGAUGUAUUGCCUCCAGAGACUAGUCUCGUAUAUGGCGAGUCACCGAUUGUACUAGAACCCGGUAGUGAUGAGAACUUGAUUAUGAGUAUUUUUGGUCAUAGUGGAAAUGCUGCCAAAAAAUGGGUGGGGUUUGGUGCUGACCAGGUUAUUCUCGUACGUGACGAAUUUGCAAGAACCGAAAUUUCCAACUUUAUAGGCAAUCAAGCUCUUGUUCUCACUAUAGUUGAGUGCAAGGGACUCGAGUUUCAGGAUGUUCUGUUGUACAACUUCUUCAGUUCAUCACCUAUGAGUGAUCAAUGGAGGGUUUUGUACGAAUACUUGAAAGAUAAAGAUCUUGUCGACGACAACACGCCCAAGACGUUUCCGAGUUUUAGCGAGUCAAGACACAAUAUCCUUUGCUCUGAACUGAAGCAGCUAUAUGUGGCGAUCACUCGAACAAGGCAAAGAUUGUGGAUAUGCGAAAACGAUGAAGAGCUGUCGAAGCCGAUACUCGACUAUUGGAGAAGGUUGUGCCUUGUCCAAGUGCGGAAAAUAGACGAUUCUCUUGCAUUAGCUAUGCAAAGAGCAAGCAGCCCCGAGGAGUGGAAAUCGCAAGGAAUCAAGCUAUUUUGGGAGAAGAACUACGAGAUGGCGACUUUGUGCUUCGAGAAAGCCGGAGAAGAAACAUGGGAGAAGAGAGCGAAGGCGUCUGGUCUUAGAGAUGCAGCUGAUUCUCUACGUGGUUCGAACCCUAAAGAGGCGCGUGUAAUGCUUAGAGAGGCUGCAGAAAUAUUUGAUUCCAUCGGCAGAUCCGAUACAGCAGCUGAAUGUUUUUGCGACUUAAACGAAUAUGAAAGAGCAGGGCGGAUUUAUUUGGAGAAGUGCGGUAUCUCUGAGCAGAGAAAAGCUGGAGAGUGUUUCUCUUUGGCCGGAAGUUACGCAACUGCAGCUGAAGUUUAUAACAAGGGAUACUUUUUCGACGAGUGCUUAUCAGCUUGCACCAAAGGAAAUCAUUUCGACCUCGGUUUGCAAUAUAUCGAGCACUGGAGGCAGCAAGCAUCAUUGGGGGGUAACACAAGAUUUAAGAAUUCCUACGGAAUCGCGCACGCGUUUCUUGAAAAAUGUGCUCUAGAAUGUUAUACAAGAAAGCAUAGUGAAUCGAUGAUGAAGUUUGUUCGCGCUUUCUCUUCGGAGCAAUCCAAACGGAACUUCUUGAAGUCGAGGGGCUGCCUUGAGGAGCUUCUAAUAUUGGAGGAAGAUUCCGGAAAUUUCAAUGCGGCUGUAAAGAUUGCACAACAAUUAGGGCAUAUUUUACGCGAGAUUGAUUUGCUCGAAAAGGCGGGAGACUUUGAAAAGUCUUCUUUGCUCGUAAUUUCUUACGUACUGAAUAACUCUCUGUGGGUGUAUGGAAGCCAAGGUUGGCCUCUAAAAUCAUUUCCUCAAGACGAAGAGCUUUUAGCGAAAGCGGUUUCAGCUGCAGAAAAGGUUUCGGAAAAUUUUCAUGCAUCGAUUUGUGCCGAGGCCAAUUUUUUGUCUACCGGCGAUAGGAUGAACUUGUCCGAGUUGAUGCAGUGUUAUAGUGCUUCGAAGCAAUACAGAUAUCGUACGGUCGAACUUCUAUCUAUUAGAAAGCUUCUAGAUUUCCAUUUUCCAGUCGAUCCAGCCAAAUACGAAUGGGGUCCUGAAUUGCAAAUUGAUCCGAGUUUAUUCGAAGAAAGAAUGGUGAGAAAUGAAGUCUCCGGCGGAACCCUUGUUUUUGUUUGGAACUUAUGGAAGGUACAGUGUUUGGAGAUCUUAGAAUGCUUCGACUCGCUUGAGAAAUGUGAAGAUAAUACGGCUAUUCGAUUCUGUUUUAACUACUUUGGGGUGAGGUCGCCGAAUAACUCGAGUGAAGGCACCUAUAUAUUGCUCAACCCUAAUUCUGCAUGGAUUAGAAAUUCCGAUAAGAGGUUUAUUUCGUGGAAAGGAAAUGUGGCAACUCUUCAUGCUCGUCAUUUUGCGUCAGCGGCUCGGGAAUACUGGUGUCAAGAAAUAGUUUCCGCCGGAGUACGAGUUUUGGAGGUUCUUGAAGCUCUUUAUAAUUGUUAUUUGACGAAGCCAUACUCAUCCGAUUACUGCCAAAGUACGUUAUUGACUCACGUUUUUGACAUAGCAAGGUUCAUCGAGUCAAAAUCACUUGGCAUAAUAAAGUCAGCCAAUGCCGGGAAGCUGCGUUGCUUUGUUCAACUGUCUACCAAAUUCUUUGAAGUCGUUUUUCCUUUGGACCCUCGACGGUCAUUGUCCGAUGAUAUGAUAUCUUUAAGGGAAACCGAAUUUUCGAAGAAUUUAUUGGAAGAAAUUAUUUCUAGAAAUAUUAGCCCACGGGGGGGUACACUCACUUAUAAGCAGAUAGGACAUGUGGUUAUGAUAAUUCUUGGCUCUGGCAAGCCCAGAAAUGAAAUUAUUUAUCAGAGGAUUAUUGCAAGCCUUCCUCGAAACUCUUCUUGGAAGUCAUUCAUCGAGUCCGAUUAUCGAAGAAAAACUGAGCCCGAAAGUUCGUCCGAUGAAUCUCUUUAUCACGAGUUUCUUCAUAAAGCAUUGGUCGAAACUUACAUGACAAAUAAUUGGAGGGCAAAUGAUUACAUAUCUCCGAAAUGUUUCUUUUAUCUUGUGGAGAGGCUCUUGAUUUUGGUUCCGCACUCUCGAGGCCACCUCUUCACUACAAAAUCCUCGUUUGUUGAAUACUUAAUGUGUCUUUCACCGGAUGCUGAUCCGAGUUCCGGUUUAGUGACGGACAAGAAAUCCGAUGCUACGAGCAUAUUUAACUUUGUGGCCGAUGUGGCUAUAGAAUGUCUUCAUAAAAUUGAGGUUACAUCACAAUGGAUCGAGUGUUCUCGUAUUGACUACGACCACUAUUUGCCAGUGCUUAUGCUGAGGUUAUUCAUGAUUCUGUGCUUAUCUUGUCUGAACUCGGAGCGGUCGUCCUUCAAUACUCUUUUCGAUAUGCUUAGAGUGCCUCAUAUCGGGCACCAUUUGCCGAGGGAAUUUUGCGAAGCUAUUCGACGAAGAAGGAAGAAUGAUAUUUCGGAUGAAGAUGCAGUUGCUUGCGCAUUCAAAGCUAUUGGAGACCCUCUUGUUAUCGUAGCCUCGACUGAGAACAGCCUCGAGUUUGAAUGUUCUGAUGCUAUUUUCCUCGACUUGAAAUCCUUCACAUGCAGAAAUGAAGUCGUCAAAAAACUAUUUCCUAGGAGCAGUACUACUGAAGCAUCAGAAGUUACGGUUACGCAAUCUUCAAAAACGGCAGUAGAAACUGAUUCACAGUAG